AUGGCAUCUACCUUCAACAUUUGCCUAAAAUACAAGCGUAUCCCGGACUCGUGGAGAACCUCUAAUACUGUCCUAAUAUUCAAGAAGGGGGACCCCGCCGACAUAUCCAACUGGCGGCCAAUUUCCAUAGCAAGAACCCUGAACAAGCUCUACACCGGCUGCCUAGCGUCGAGGCUCCAGUCAUGGAUAAUGCAGAACAGCGUGCUGAGCCCGACCCAGAAAGGAUUCUUGCCCCACGAUGGUGUGUACGAACACAACUACGUCCUGCAGCACUACAUCAAUGACGCAAGGGCCAACAACAAGGAACUGUGUGCAGCAUUCUUGGACUUCUCAAACGCUUUUGGUUCAGUCCCUCACACAGCCAUCAUCGAAGCAGUAGGAGCAGCUGGCUGUGGAUCUGACUUCAAGGAUAUCGUAACCGACCUUUACAACAACAACACAAGCCGUGUCCUCACCAAUGGGGAGUCUACUCACCCCAUUCCCAUGCGAAGAGGAAUCAGGCAGGGCUGUCCCCUGAGUGGCCUGCUUUUCAACAUGACAGUUGACCCCAUCCUUCGAGACAUCCAAGGCGACAGCACAAAGCACGCUGUCCUCGCCUAUGCUGAUGACAUCACACCACUAGCGGACAACCCCACUCUACUGCAGCAACAAAUCGACAGAAUCGCAGCACUAGCAUCUUCAUUAUGCCUGACCCUCAACCCUAGCAAGUGCAAAUCUCUCCAUGUUUCUGGCCAUAGACCUGUCGGGAUCCGGGAGACGGAAUUCCACGUCCGGGACACCCCAAUCACCAUCUUAAAGGAGUUCGAGUCCUUCAACUACCUUGGACGUCCUGUAGGCUUCAAUGUGCUAAAGGACGAAACAACAAUCGAGGCAGCCAUCAGCACUGGAAAGAAGAUCCUGACAUCAAUGUUAGCACCAUGGCAACGCCUAGAUGCACUAAAGACUUUCGUCUACCCGUCCCUGAACUUCUCCAUGCGCUGUGGUUCCUUAGGAAAAACCGACUGGAUGAGACUUGACCAGGAGCUACGGCCGCUUAUCAAGAGGACCCUCUACAUCCCGAGCAAUGCAGCCAACGAGUACAUCUACAGUAAAUCUGGAAUGGGAGGCUGCGGAAUCCCACUAGCAGCUGAGACCAGUGAUGUAGCUCGGAUAGACGGCGCCUUCAAACUCCUGACGUCGCGCGAUCCAGUUGUUGCCCAUAUUGCCAAGGAGAACCUCUUCCACACUGUCAGCAAGCGCCUGCGUGCCACCUGCUCCGCAUCCGACGUGGAGUCCUUCCUGGCUGGGGACACCGAGGGGCCCUUCAGAAUAUCCACCAACGAGCUCGGCAACGUAUGGACUGAGGCUAGGAAGGCAUCCCGUCGCCUCGGAGUAACAUGGACCAUUGAGGAAGGUGGGCUCAGCAUCUCGAGGAAGGACAAGACCAUGACGGAACGCUGGAGAACGAGAAUCAUGCGCACCCUGCGUGACCAACUGGACAAAGAACGCUCACAGGAACUCUGUGACCUGGCCAACCAGGGCAAAGCAAUGGACUGCGCAAGACUCGACCCUAGCAGCACCCACUUCAUCAGCAAAGGCCUGUACACACGCUUCGCCGACUGGAGAUUCAUCCAUCGAGCCCGCCUCAAUCUCCAUCCGUUGAACGGCGCAAGGACCUGGCGACAUGGCGACAAAAGAUGCCGCAGAUGUGGCUACUCCAACGAAACAUUACCCCAUGUCGUGUGCCACUGCAUGAGGCAAAGCCAGGCAAUGACGAAGCGGCACAACGACAUCGUUGAGCGAGUGAAAACAGCGGCUGCAGCAAAAUACACCGUUAUAUCAGAAAACCGCCCUGUUGGUGACACGCAGCUUCGCCCAGACCUCAUCCUUGCCCGUGGAGAAGAAGCUGUCAUCGUCGACGUCACCUGCCCAUUCGAGAACCGUGCCACAGCCUUCCAGCAAGCCCGCACAAGCAAAGUCAACAAGUACCAGCCAGUAAAGGAACACCUACAACGAAGGUACCAACGUGUCACCAUUGAACCUAUUGUGGUUGGUGCACUCGGCUGCUGGGACCCUGAAAAUGACCGCUUCCUGCACCGCCUCUGCUCUCGGAGGUAUCUGAAGAAAAUGAAGAAACUUUGUGUGAGCUCGGUAAUCUCCGCCACACGGGACAUUUAUGCCGCGCACGUUUCCAGCUCCUGA